AUGUGUCACCCGGUAUAUAUAUAUAUAUAUCGAUUUGUAAUUAUUACAGGCAUACGUGCUAAUAAUCAACCAUCAACAAUUGAAGGAUUAUUUGGUAAUGGUUAUGAUCUUGUUGAAUAUUUCAUGCGUGAUGCAAAUUCAAAAAUGUCAGCUUAUAUGAAAGAACAAGGACAGAAAGGAAAUAUGCAAGGAAUUCGUUUACUUAUUGAAGGUCUUAAAUAUCGACUUGGUCUUGUUAUACCUUAUUCUAAUACAUGGAAUCAGGCAUUAGCACAAGGUGCAUUGCCUCAAAAUGCAGUGCGUAGUUGGAAAAAAUUAUUAGAUUUGUCAAGUGAAGCUUGGCAUGGUAUUGGUGACACAUCGACAGAUAUAAAUUGGUAUUCAAAAAGACUUGUACUUGCUGCUAUUUAUCAAAGUGCAGAAAUUUACAUGAUUCAAGAUCAAUCUCAAAAUAAAACGGAUACAAUGAACUUUUUAGAAAGACGUUUAAAUGAUUUUAAAACGCUUGGUUCAUUUCGAGAUACGGUAUCAAACUCUCUAUCGGAUACAACCCAAAUAGCCACUGGAAUUUUUUCAGUGAUUCGUAAUUUAACUUCUCGUCGUUAA